AUGGGUCUCGCGCCUUUGAGUAGUCAAGGGAGUCACCCCUUCCCCGACUUCUCUGCGGCGCGUAGAGAAGCUGCAUUUUUCAUGGUGAAUACUCCUCCAGAAGCCAUUUUCCCCUCGCGGAUGGAGGCCGUCCUUGAAAUUGUGCUUCGCAAAAGUGACGAACAUCUCCACGCGGAGCGCGAACUGCGAAGGCUAGAACGGCAGCCGACAGACAGGCAUGAAAUGGAUGUCAGACAAAAGCAAAUGGAAGUGGAAAGUCGCCUUGCAGUAUAUUUGGACUGGCUCCAUCGAGCAAAACGAAUCAUGGAGAUGCCGCAACCCCUUAGCCUCGAUCAUCGAGAGCUGCAAAAUAACAUAUUUAAGUCUGUCGAAGGGCAGCAAUACAUGCGAUGGCAAUCUCAAGAUGGAUGGGGGUCUCCCGACGAUCGAACCGGCCACCGGCAAGACCUCGUCACGAUUCAAGGGAGGUCCCGAGAAAGUAUAUGGGCCAACUUGGCUGUUGGUCCGUUCCUCAGAUGGUUCAACCGACUCCUCGGACGCAGAGACGUUCCGUAUGAUGAGAAUGCUGUGCUUUUGGUCAGUGAGCGGGUUGCUGUUGUGCUUGGAGGCAUCUGCCUGACCGGCUCAAUCACCGUGCUGUACAAUCUUGACUCAAUGUGGUUCCGACUCUGGUGUAUCAACGUUUUCACAGUGAUAUUCGCCGCCGUCUUGUGCAUUAUCUCUUCGGAACCGGCAAGCAAGACAUUCGUUGGACUCUGCGGAUUUGCGGCUGUACAAGUCGUCUUUAUCAGUGGCAUUGAGGACACAUCAUCCUAA